UCUCUCUCCCUCUCUCAUUCAGCGUUCAUCUGGCCGCGUGAAUCUUGAUGAUUCCUCGUAAAGAAAUGUUGUUCCUUUCUGUCCCGACGUGAUGUAAUGUUCACGUUUGGUGUGGAUGCACUACUCAGAGAGGAUGCUGCCCCGCUGAUCGUCAUGUGGACUAUAGUGGAACACACAUGGAUGUGAUGUUUUUCUCUCAUCAGCAUCUCCAUCAUGUCUCCAGCAGCACCCGUCACAGACAGCAGCGCGUCUGUUCUCCACGAGCGCACGGACACUCCACGAGAAGAGCAGCGACCUGUGAAGGCGUCCUUGGCUAAAUCUCUGUGUCGCGAGGCGCACUGGAAAUGUCUUGUCCUCUCGCUCCUCAUGUACUGCUGCAUGAUCGCCGUGACCUGGUGUCAGGUCACCAAGGUGACACGCGUGACCUUCGACAGCGCCUUUCAGACCAGAACCAUGACGUACCACGACAGCCCCUGCGCCGACGGCUACAUCUACAUCCCGGUGGCCUUCCUCAUCAUGCUCUACGUGGUCUACCUGCUGGAGUGUUGGCAUUGUUGCUCGCGCAAUGAACUUCAGUUUCAAGCCGACCUGGAGAGCGUGACGGAGCGCGUGAGACGCAUGCAGCGAGCCACCCCUUGCAUCUGGUGGAAGGCCAUUAGUUACCACUACGUACGGCGGACGCGUCAAGUGACCCGGUACCGCAACGGCGACGCUUACACGACCACGCAGGUGUACCACGAGAGAGUCAACACGCACGUGGCCGAGGCCGAGUUCGACUACGGGAACUGCGGGGCGAAGGACAUUUCCAAGCAGCUAACGGGUUUGGAGAGGUUUCCGGUGACCAAGCUACGCUUCACAAAGUGCUUUAGCUUCGCCAACGUGGAGUCGGAAAACUCCUACCUGACUCAACGGGCCAGGUUCUUCACGGAGAACGAGGGCCUGGACGAUUACAUGGAGGCGCGCGAAGGAAUGCACCUCAAAAAUGUGGAAUUUAAAGAACGCACCAUCGCCUUCGCGGAUCCGGAUCACCUGCCCUGGUACGCGACGCGUUGCAUGGUCUGGACGGCUGCGGCGCUGACCCUUUCGUGGCCCCUGCGGGUGCUGACGGAGUACCGCACGGCACACCUUCACUAUCACGUGGAGAAACUCUUCGGUUUUGACUACGUCGCCGUCACACCGUUGGACGAGAGGCCGUGUGGCCUCCACAUCCCGCGGGUCAACACUAUAGACAGCACAGAACUGGAGUGGCACAUCCGCUCAAACCAACAGUUAGUGCCCAGUUAUUCAGAAGCCGUGCUCAUGGAUCUGGCACAGCAGUCCAGCCGAGACGCGUUCUCAUCGCGUGGAAUGGGUUUCAGCGGCCACGGUCAGAACUGUGAGCGCUGCCAUCGCUCCGUCAGCAGCUCUUCCAUCUUCUCACGCAGCGCGUUGAGCGCUUGCAACAGUAGCGGCCGCUUCUCUCUGGGCCGUCUGUACGGCUCACGUCGCAGCUGUCUUUGGCGUAGUGGCAGCAGUAGCCUGAACGAUCCCGGCUGUCCGACAGAAAGCACACGUUGCCUGGCGGGUCGCUCUAACGCUGAGGAAAGCCCUCCCUCUCCUCCGGCCUACCAGGACGCGCUGUACUUCCCUGUACUCAUCAUACAUCGCAAUGAGGGCUGUCACGAUCACCACACGCUUCACCGAAACAGCUCUUGCGUGGAGACUUCAUUAUAGUCUAUGGGACGUCCCGUGCUGAAAAUGACGGCUGACUUUAUUCAAAACGUACGAAAGCAACAUUUGUCCUCAAAUCAUUUCUAUGAUAUUCAGCUUCAACUGUGGCAUCCCCCAAACGCCAUACCGCACUUGUGAUUCAAUCAGAAUGCUAGAAAACACUUUCAACCAUUUUGACAGCACUGACUGUCUAAUCUAAUGUAACUCGUCAAAUAAGAAUAGAGUCUGAAUUGAGGAAAAAUGAACCCUUCUAUUGUCUGCUUCCAUCGCAACUUCAGGUCAUUUCGACAAAUACCAACAAUUUCAAUAAUAUGCAUCACGCAUCCUUUUCUUUGAUUGUUGAACAGCACAACAAACAAAACGCUGAACCCAAAGACAUCGACUGUUUUCCAGAAACAAAUCAAAUCAAUCGUAUAAACAUGUGCGAGUGAUUUAUUUGUGCAGAUCAUAUAAAAAACAACAGACAAACUUAAAGGCCAGACUACAUGAAGAGUUUAUUUCCAAAAUGAGAUAACUCCGUUUUUACAAUUUGUCAAAAAUCAUGUUUUUUUAUUGUGCAUUCCAAUUAAUAUCCAUCAAACUGCAGUUGGUUUGUUUUGAUUUAUGCCAUAAUAACUCAAAAAUACAGCUGAAAUAAAAACAUGAUUUUUUUUAACUGAGUUCUCAUUUUGGAAACAAACUCUUUCCCAGUAAUGUGGAGCUCUGAUAGAUUUAAAAUGAUAAACCUGAGGAAAGAAAUGAAAUGCAAAAGUAAUAAGACACAAGUAUUUCACAAACACAGAUUUUGUUUGAUCUCCAUUCAUGCCAACAUUGUGAAUAAUUUAGUACACGCAGGCUUAAAGUCCAAACCAAACACAUCCUCUUUAAAAUAUUGAAUCAUUCUCACCAUAUUUUAAAUAUGAAUGCUACUGUAAUCCAUUCCGGAUCUUUUAUUUUCCGCAACUACCUCUCCUUUUCAACAAGUUGAAGUGCCUCAGAUGUUAUUUUUGUUGACAUUUUGCUUUAUUACAUUUUCUAGACUCCCUCUGGAAAGAAAUAAUGUCAGCAAGAUUUUGAGCAGUCGGAACUCAAAAUAAAGCUCAAAAAAGCUCAAAUAAGCCACAUGCUCAAGUGAUCUUCAAAAGUUGGACAUAUAAAUAUUCCUAUUCUGUCAAAUCCAGAAACGAUCAUCAUAAAAACAAAGGAAUACAGAAGUGGAGGUUAUCCACCUACUGGAGUUUAACAGGUUUUCACCAAUAUCAGCACAAAUCUGUUUUAAGAGAAUUCAUGUGUAUAAAACAUUGAGAAAGUAACAAUGUUACGCCUCACUGUUACUGUGUGACAGCACACGUGACCUCUGCGUGACCUCGGACGUAUGAUGGAACUGUAAAUAUAAAUGUAAAAGAGACAGGACCUGAGACCGAGUCGACUGCACAUCAGUGACUGAAGAACAGAAAAAAACAUUAACGUCUUCAAAUGGUUUCAUCCUGAAGGAUCCGAUAUCUCGAGUGACUGAAUGUGGAUCAGUGCUUACGGCACAACGAUUUCAAUCCUCACAGUUUACAGCUGAACAGCCUGUAUUGUCGGUUUUUCUCUUUACAGUAACAAGGGAUUCCUUCAGACUGACGAUAAUGCAAAAAAUAGACUAUACAGAAUCAUUUCAUAUUUUUCUCUGACAUUUCUUCUUUCUAAAAAUGCACGCAGUUAUUUCAGAAAGUGAAGGGAAAGUAUUAUAAAAGCUUCCUGGUGACAAAGAAAAUCUGUUUUAUGUCUUGAUAUGCUGAAACAAGAAACACUUUGUAUUGUGAAUAAACACUUUUAUGUGUAUGCUGAAAAUGUUCUUUUAAACAAUAUGACAUUUUAUUUAUAUGUGACUACAAAUGUGUGCGUACAACACAGGAUUGUUGAAAAUACAAAAUGCAGAAACAAAUUAUACAUGAACAGUUAUAUUUUUUCUUUAUGGCUGUCGAGAAAUAUUCCACCGCCCAAAUGUGACUUAUAUUAUCACAUCGAAGGACGUUUUGUGCUGCUAACAGACCCGUCAGAAAUCUUGUUUACACAAUAAUAAAUGUCAUAUCUCGGUCAGUCCGUAUACACCGGUACAGUCUGUGGCAUAUCUCUCAAAUCUAAAACGGAUCAAAUGUUGUUAUUUCAACUACAAAGAAUCAAAAUGUACUCUAUUUACUUUCUCAUUAACACAGAGGAG